AUGACUCAUGAACGCGGCUAUGAUUUGGCGUCACAAGUACUAAACAUUUGCAACGUACAUCACAAGAAACUGUUUUGCCAUAUCACGUACCGUCACUUGUUGGUCUUGUCGAGUGACGAUAACGGUUGCGUCAUACUCAAGAAAGUUAUAACAAUAGCUGAUGAUUUCUUGAAAGAUGAAUUCCUUGACCUAAUCGCACAGCACGCUCACUCGCUAAGCAUGCACGACUUAGGAAUCUCCCUAAUCCAGCACGUGCUUGAGCUUGAUUUUACAAAGAAAACCACACAAGACGACAAGCGCUUGCACGAGCUAAUGGCUGAGUUUGAUGAGGUUCUCUCGACAUCAGUAACAGCAGAUGUUGAUAAGCUCCAUAAGCUUGCCUCGAAGCUAAUGUUAGAUUCUGAUCUCUUUUUCGAGUUUGUCAUAACAAGACGAGGCUCGCUCAUGAUUCAAAUUAUCCUAGGAAAAUCCGAAGAAGUCGACCAAGUUAUUUUGGCGGGAGUGAAGCAAAGGUUCAUCGAUGUUACAACAAACUUUUACGGGUAUCGCAUCAUGAUACAAACCAUAAAAGUUUUCAAGAAAAGAGGUGAUUUGAAAGUGUACGACCAAAUCCUACGCCUAAUCGGAGUCCACGCUCUCUACCUAACAAAGGACCCUGAUAUGGGAAACAAGACGUUUCAACACGCUAUUAAUCUACACCACCAGGAUUGUACGACAUUCAUCGCGUGUGGGCUUCAAAGCCACUACAUUGAGCUUUCGUUUCUGAAACAUGGAAGCAAAAUUGUGGAGAUGCUUAUCGAUGACCGUAUUUCGAUGGUGCCUUUGGUUCUACUCAUGAUGGAGAUUGUCAAGUGUGAUGAAGAUACGUUGGUGAGAUUGGCUACUGAUGAAUAUGGGAAUAACAUUUUGAAAAAGUUUCUGGCACUUGCCAAAGAGCAUAAGGAAGAUUUCUUUGGUGAUCUUGUUGACAAGUUGAAUCCUUUACUCGAUAGUUUGCGCGGGACUCUCGGAGAAAACAUUGUAGCAAUCAUCGACUCAGAAACAGAGAUGGUUAAGGAUCGAAUUGUUUCACAAGGAAAUAAUUAG